UGGCGGCCGCGAGCUGCGCGAAGCCGUGGGGGCGGUACUUCCGCCCGGCUCUCCUUCCGCUGUCCGCGGCGGCAUCAUGGCGGCGCUGAGGGUGCUGAGCGCGCUGCGGGCGCUGCGGGCCCCGGCAGGGCUCGGCCUGCGGAGAGUGCCUAGCAGGGGCGCACGGCAAUGGCAGCCUGACGAGGAGUGGGCGCAGCAGUUUGGGGGAGCUGUCAUGUUCCCCAGCAAGGAGACAGCCCACUGGAAGCCCCCGCCUUGGAACGACGUUGACCCCCCAAAGGACACGCUGGUGUCGAACCUGACCCUGAACUUCGGGCCCCAGCACCCGGCGGCGCACGGGGUCCUGCGGCUGGUGAUGGAGCUGAGUGGGGAGAUGGUGCGCAAAUGCGACCCCCACAUCGGGCUGCUGCACCGGGGCACGGAGAAGCUCAUCGAGUAUAAGACGUACCUGCAGGCGCUCCCCUACUUCGACCGGCUAGAUUACGUGUCCAUGAUGUGCAACGAGCAGGCCUACUCGCUGGCCGUGGAGAAGCUGCUCAACAUCCGGCCCCCGCCCCGGGCACAGUGGAUCCGAGUGCUGUUUGGGGAAAUCACCCGCAUCCUGAACCACAUCAUGGCCGUGACCACGCACGCCCUGGACAUAGGGGCCAUGACCCCCUUCUUCUGGAUGUUCGAGGAGAGGGAGAAGAUGUUCGAGUUCUACGAGCGUGUGUCGGGGGCGCGGAUGCACGCGGCCUAUGUGCGGCCAGGAGGGGUGCACCAGGACCUGCCGCUCGGGCUCAUGGAUGACAUCUACGAGUUUUCUAAGAACUUCUCCCUCCGGAUCGACGAGGUGGAGGAGAUGCUGACCAACAACCGGAUCUGGCGGAACCGGACCGUGGACAUUGGAGUGGUGACCGCUGAGGACGCGCUCAACUACGGCUUCAGCGGGGUGAUGCUGAGGGGCUCCGGCAUCCAGUGGGACCUGCGGAAGACGCAGCCCUACGACGUGUACGACCAGGUGGAGUUCGACGUGCCCAUCGGCUCCAACGGGGACUGCUAUGACCGGUACCUCUGCCGGGUGGAGGAGAUGCGGCAGUCCCUGCGCAUCAUCGAGCAGUGCCUGAACAAGAUGCCCCCCGGGGAGAUCAAGGUGGACGACGCCAAAGUGUCGCCCCCGAAGCGGGCGGAGAUGAAGUCGUCCAUGGAGUCGCUGAUCCAUCACUUCAAGUUGUACACUGAGGGCUACCAGGUGCCCCCCGGGGCCACCUACACAGCCAUCGAGGCCCCCAAGGGAGAGUUUGGGGUGUACCUGGUGUCCGAUGGCAGCAGCCGCCCCUACCGCUGCAAGAUCAAGGCUCCUGGCUUUGCGCACCUGGCUGGCCUGGACAAGAUGUCUCAGGGACACAUGCUGGCUGAUGUGGUCGCCAUCAUAGGAACCCAGGACAUCGUGUUUGGGGAGGUGGAUCGGUGAGCGUCGGCAAGCCGGACCCUGUCCACUGCAGCCUGCUGUGGAUGUGGGGGUGGGCGCAGGGGAGCGGGGACUCGCCCCCCCAUGAGAGCUGUAUAAAGUAGCCGCCCGCGGCCUCCAGCCCGCC